AUGGACAUAUCACCGACCUUUAAAGGGUACAUAGAGGAUGAGAGUGAUGUCUUACUAAUAUUACAGGCGACUUUAGAUGGUAAGUUACAACAAAUACCAAGGAGACCUUAUGAAAUUGAGAGACCGUAUCUCAUUGUUUCAGGGAAUAUUUUUGUAUUUGUCGAAGAAAUUUCAGGCAUAAAACGGUGGACAGAUGGCAUAUCGUGGUCACCCUCUAGAAUAACGGGAAAAUUUCUUGUAUACAGAGAACUUGAUAAGAGUGGGGCCCAGCACCACACUCAAGAUUUUGAUAUCAACUCUCCUGCAAGCAUGAAGUAUACAGGUUUGAUAAAGAAGACGAUAUCAGUAAAACUAAGAAGAGCCCCCUUCCACCUUUUGGAAAAUUUUCAUAUUGUUUCAUAUUAUACACUAAGCGAUGUUCAGGAAAAGAAAAUACUAAGUCCGAAGCAUAUACCAAUUUUUAAUGAAGUAACUCCAUCGGGUGAGUUGAUUAAAGCAAUGGAAAAUACGACACUGGGGAACGUUAAAACUUCGUCCUCCGGUGGACAUUCUUCUCAUAAGCAUUCGCCAUUGGACAGUCACGAGAAACAAACUUCAAUUGCUUAUGGGAACUAUAAUGCACCAGUUUCCACGAAUAGCUUGUCAAUGGGUAACCCGGUACCCAAUAAUAGUUCACAUUAUUUUUAUUCAGCGAAUGGUUUACAAGCAUAUGGAUCAAAUGGUACAGCAUAUCAAGGUCAACCAUAUGUGCAUCUAUCGAACAAUAACUCGACAAAUUGUAAUAAUAGUAAUGAAAUGCAUAGUUCUUUAAAUUCGCAUAACAGUGCUGGCGUGACCAAUAGUGGAUUAAGCUCUGGACAAAAAAUACCUGGAUUCCCAGGUGGCGGCUCUUAUUAUUAUACAUAUUCCUCCUCGAGUGGCAAACCUCAAGAUAUGAGUUCAUCGACAUCUCCACGUCCACUUUUGGUUAAGGGUAGCACAUCGAUGAGCAACAAUAAUACAGGCUAUGUCGAUCAUAUCCAGCAAUCAGGAGGGCCAGCAAGUUUGAAUGCUAACACGAGUUUAGGGAAUGCUACUCCAAGCUCUGGGAGUGUAGCGGCAUCUAUUCCGCCUUUAAACACUCCGUAUUACUACUCAUCAACAGCAACUCCAAAUAAUAUGAGUAAUCCGCAUUUCUCAGUAGUCCAACAGGGAACACCAUAUCAUGCUAUUGAAGGCAAUACAUCUAUGUCCUCUUUCCAAGGUCAAAAGGCAACGAAUAGUACAGUACCAUAUUUGUCAAGUGCAAAUGGAAAUCCAAUUUAUCAACAAGUAUCACGAAAUUAUUCCGGAGCUGACACAUCGAUGAGUCCUUUAAACCAUACGAGCUUUCAAGGCUAUCAAUCACAGGUCGGUAUCAAUUCUAGCGCGGCAUUAAUGAACGGCAAUCUAUCUGGAAACCAUUUAAAUAAACAAGGCAGUAGCGUCACACAUCAAAAUUUAUCUGAACAACAUGCUCCGCAAAAUCAACAGUUGAUUGGCAGUUUUAGUAGCCAAGGAUUGCCUCACUCUCAAAAUUCCUACGCACCACAAUACUACUCUGGACUUCAACAAGCAUAUAAUUCCAAUCUUGAGAAAGGUAUUAGCAAGAUUGCAAGCACCCCAAGUCUGCCUCAAGUUCAACAAAAUACUGGAAGUACUGUAUCGAAUUUGGUAGGAAAUUCGGCACCAACCCCGAAUAUACUUCCAUAUGUGAGUUCAGGUCCCACGCACUCGUCUUCGAUGAUUGUGCCGAGUACUGCAGCAACAACGCCUAGCACACUAACUUCUGUCAAAGGGCCUUCAUCUUUACAAGUCAAUAAUUUCUCUCAUGCAACAAUUGAUAGAGGGUAUCAAUAUCACCAGGGGCAAGUUCCUAACGAAAAUAGAUCUUAA